CUGAGACUGGUUGGAGGAUCUGGAAGCUGGGAAGGAAGAGUUGAAGUGUAUCAUAAUAACAUCUGGGGAACCGUUUGUGAUGACUCCUGGGGUAUAAAUGACGCGCAAGUCGUUUGUCGUCAACUCGGGUUUCCUGGCGCUGUAAGUGCUCCAGGAUUUGCUCGAUUUGGUGCCGGAAGUGGUCGAAUUUGGCUGGAUGAUGUUGCUUGCGUAGGCAGUGAAAGUUCAAUUGUCUAUUGUCGGCAUAGUGGUUGGGGCAUUCAUAACUGCGCUCACAGUGAAGACGCAUCAGUGAUAUGCUCAGGAGGUAUGUUGUUGUUGUUCUUCUUUCAGGUGAUACAACUUUAUUUUUAGGAGACAUUCCUACAACUUUGAAUCGGAUAACUUGAGUGGUCUUUCGCAUCUUCUUCAUCAUCACCGUCAUCAUUAUUGUAUAGUUCGUUUUUCACUGUCACGCAAUAAACAGCGAACAAAAAAAAAAAUUUAAACCGUCCAGUGGAAGAAGCCAAGUAAAAAAUGAAAUUCAUAAAAGACUAAUAUAUAAACAAUUUGUUCAAGUCUCAGGUCUUGUGGCCCACAGUUUCUGAGUUAUUUGCAUAAAUGUUUCAGGUAGCUUUGUGGAGCUUUUGUACGGAGACGCCAUAUUGGCGUACAGUUUUGGUACACCAAUAUGGCCGCCGGAGAUCAACAAAAACCAUCUGGAGUUCACUUUUUUCUAUAAAAAAAAAAAAAGCUCUUUCUUUUCACUCGGGAGUUAGCAUACGUGCGCAUAAACACAUCUUCUAAUGCCUAAAAUGGUUAAACUGCUAAAAAUGAAGAGGAUAGACUUUUUUCAAUGAGACAGCAUUUCCUAUUUUGGUGUCACGCGCUAUGAAAACUCGGAAGUUCAAAUUGCUGUAUUUUCGAAAUGAAAUAUCCUACGGGACUGGAGACUUGUACAAAGAUUUAUAUUUUGUUUUUUUCUUCAAUCUAACGUAAAUAAGAAUUCGUAAAACCUCGCUAUCUUGACUUUACAAUUUGAUGACGUCAUUUUGAAAACCAUCCAAAGCAGUAACAGCAAAGGAGGCGAAGCUUCUCUAAUGUGAGGAUACUGAUUUCUGUUUUCAUCAUUAGGUUUCCCAGCACAAAAAAAAAAAGGCAGAAGUAAUAACGUUUAUUCAAAUUCUUUUUUAGUUAACUGAGCCGUAUUAGGCCGCUGCACUUUAUAUGGAGCCCAAAAUGAGACUAAAAUUGGGUAUUGAUUGAUUGAUUGAUUGAUUGAUUCCUUUACCAUAGCCUGCGAACAAGCUCUCCGGGGCAAUGUGUACAUGGAUAAAAUUGGCUUGAAAAAAAUUGAACCACAACACAUCUUAUCUGUGUUUCGCUUAGUGCUAUAAAUGCUUUAGAAAACUGAUUAGAUAAAUGUUAAUUUGAAGUAGGAGCCCAAGCAAAUAAUCAAUAUUAUGGAAGAUACAGUAGUAAAAGAGUUGAGGGAAAGAUCUUAUGUCUUUAUUUUUUACGAUUGUGUGUCUGUUUGUUUGGUAGCGUAUAGUAAACAGCUACCGCCUAAACCUUAACAAAAUAAUCAAAUUCUCUCUAUCGACAGCACCAACAACGUCUGUGCCAUGGACAACGUGGUCGCCCUGGACGUCGCCAUCUGCCCAACCAUCGUGUAACUUUGACUAUGGAUUGUGUUAUGGAUGGAGUCAGUCUCUCUCAGACGUAUUUGACUGGACACGCCGAAGAGGAAGUACUUCAUCUUCAAAUACGGGGCCUUCAUCAGAUCACACUACUGGAAACGGUACACGAUUACACUGUAAAUAAUUUCACAAGGGGCUCUGUCUUGUAACAGAUAUAUAUAUAUAUAUGUACCGUUAAUUGCCGCUUAUAAGCUCGCCCAAUAAUAAGCCCCGCCCCACCCCCAGUUGUAAGCUCAUAUACACGGUCUACUCCUUCCAAUCCAGAUAUAAGCCUACCUCCAAUGCAUUGAAAUGAAUUCGAUUUAACUGAAGCUUAAUAAAACAAUAAUAGUAAUAAAUCAGUAAAUUGAAAACUUGUUUUGAUCAGCAUUGAUAUAGCUUGUUUCGAAGCCUAGGUUAUUUUUCUAUUUCUUUAAAGCAGAAUAAUCCAGGUUCCUGUCCAGGUAUUAGAGACAAAUAUCAACUGAUUAAUAACCUGAAAGUAUGACGGCAUUUUUUGUUUUAGUUUGCUUAUUUAUGCACGCAGCAAUAACACUGAGAAUUUCAAAUGUCGAUUCCUUGAAAAUCCUCGUUAUCAAGUCUUUGGAAGGUUUUCUUUUUAAAUACGUUAAUCCUCGUCCAUAUUGGGAAGACGCGGUAGGGGCGGGUGGGGAAAAAGGCGAGAGGCAUAUUUCACUGUCAUCUCGGUUUACAGUAAUGAUUUUUAAUCUAAAUUUUCAUCAAGUUACUAUCAAUUUCAUUGUAGUUAUUACAAUUAUGCUCUUGCAGGAUACUACAUGUAUAUAGAGACAUCGUCCCCUAGGCGACAAGGUGACAAAGCAAAACUUCAAAUGUCAGUGUCUGGAAAUGGCGCAGAAGCUUGUCUCGUUUUCUAUUAUCACAUGUAUGGUGGUACCAUGGGGACUCUUAAUGUUUACAGCGGAAAUGAGUUGGUUUUCAGUGUAUCUGGGAACCAGGGAAACUACUGGAUACGAGCAAGAAAAACGAUAUAUUUGCGAAACAAUGUAAGUUUACUACAUUUUGGUUCUCAAGAAAUCACGACUGUUGGUAUUGAUUAAAUUUCAAAAAUCGAUUUCUCUGAAAAUCUUCAGAGAUCGGCUGAAAAUCCUAAGGACGUAAAAGGAUGUCUAUCAAACGACCUUGCCAAACUCUCUCACGAUAUUUUUAAAGAUCAUUUUUGCCUGUUUUCGAACAAAAAAUUGAAAUUAUGAGAAAGAUUAUGAUCUUUCAGUCACCGAAACAGGUGGCUUUGAGGAAAAAAUCCCAGUACUUCCCGGCAUUAAAAGUCGACUGUCGACCCUAUGACCCUUGGUUACUAGUUUAGGUGCUGUACCACUUAGCUACAGUGACUAGGGUCAUGUGACAAACGUCCUGGAUACUGCUAAGGCUAACUUAAAUCUCGAUAUGCAACCGAAACAAUUUAUUUGCAACACAGUGUAAUUUUGAUAAAGGUGAAUUUUCAAGGAAACGCGACUUUGCCUCAUGUAAUGGAAUCCCUAUUUCGGAAUCCUGGAAACUUUUUGCUCGUGGAAUCCGGAAUCCUGGCUUUAAUUUUGAAUCCGGAAUACCUUUCUAGGAAUCCGGAAUCCCACUAAGAUUAGAAUCCGGAAUCCAAGUUCCAUUGACAAAGGUCAGGAAUCCAUUGCGUAAAAUCUAGAAUUUAAGACUGUUUUGGAUUCCCUUUAAUGGGAUGAGCGACUGUUGGUCUUAAAUUUCAGGCCCCGGUUAUCCACUCUUUGAACAACCGGGGCUAGACGGCUAAAAUCUUUACAUACAUCUAAUAUAUGCAGAAUUCUUUGAAGAUCUUCAGAGAUUGGUUGAUAAUCCUACAGAUGAUAUAAAAGAAUCUAGUUAUUUCGUUAAAACCCCUUACGUUAAUCUUUUUAGAGAUCAACGUGCUACCAAUUCUACAUUAAAAUUGGCCACUACAUGUAAAUCUAAUUUUAAGGGGAAUUUGAAUCUUACUUUUCUUCCUGUUGAUUUCCUCUCUUUUAUAAGCCAUGGCUUUAUUUAUUUAUUUGUUUAUUUACUUAUUUUAUUUCACAACGGUUUCCGCUUGCAGCGAUCCAACUUGUUUGACUUACAAAUAAAUUAACUAAAUAAAUAAAUACAUUUUCUCCAAGUGUAUGAAUUUUUUCCCAUUGCUUUGUACUAUAUUUAUAGGUAACCUUCGAAGGUAUUGCGGGGUCUUCAUUUACAGGAGAUAUAGCUAUCGAUGAUGUGGCAAUCACCAAUGCAAGCUGUAAUAAUCAUACCGCUGGAGGUAAAUAG